UUUUAGGUUUACAAAGCACUUUCAACACCGCAGUAAUGAAAGUGUUAAUAUCCCUAUGGGACAGAUGAGGAGGAAACUGAGGUUCCGAGAUUUGCCCAAGGUCACACAGCUAAUUCACAUUCUAACAGAACAUUGUAACAGCUGAACAAUCUAAGAAAACAUAGGUCAUUGGAAUACAGACACAUAGGAAUACAAGACAAGAUGUUGUUGAAGUGACUUGAAUUCCCCUCUCCACAGGGGUACUUCCCUGCCCUGGGGGCCAAGGCAGAAUCUAAAGUUAACCGAAACUGAUAGACAGAAAACCUGCGGAGGCCCAUUGCAUGGGAAAGUCCCCGCCCCUGCGUGCCUACCGGAUUGCCUUGGGAGCAGGAGCGGAGCGCAGCAAAGCUCCAGUGUUUGCUCUGUCUCAGUGCCCGUAUUGCCUGCCCAACCACCCACUGGCCCGACAAGGUAUCUCGGCUGCUCCGCCCGGCAGGCGAUGUGCCUGAGUGGGACAAAAGCUUGAGGGAGGUCCAUGGGCAGAGACAGGAGACCUCCGGGGGGUUCUCACUCCAGUGGCAGCUCCGGAUUUGAGCUCCGACUCUUCAGGAAAUGGGCCAGAGGAUAGCCUGCUGGGCCCAGAACAGGUGAUUCAAGGGACAAGCAUCUCCUGCAGCCUGUGUCAGUGAGUCGGACACCAUGAAUUGGGCAUUCCUCCAGGGCCUCCUGAGUGGGGUCAACAAGUAUUCAACCGUUCUUGGCCGAGUCUGGCUGUCGGUGGUACUGAUAUUUCGAGUACUGGUGUAUGUCGUAGCAGCAGAGGAAGUGUGGGACGACGACCACAAAGAUUUCGACUGCAACACUCGGCAGCCGGGCUGUGCCAACGUCUGCUACGACCACACCUUCCCCAUCUCCCACAUCCGCCUGUGGGCCCUGCAGCUGAUCCUGGUCACCUGCCCCUCGCUGCUUGUGGUCAUGCACGUAGCCUACCGGGAGGAGCGGGAGCGGAGGCAUCGCACAAAGCAUGGGCCCCAGGCCAGGCCCCUCUAUGGCAACCCAGGAAAGAAGCGAGGAGGCCUCUGGUGGACCUACCUACUGAGCCUGAUAUUCAAGGCUGGCGUGGACGCCGGAUUCCUGUACAUCUUCCAUCGCCUCUAUAAGAAUUAUGACAUGCCCCGCGUGGUGCACUGCUCUGAGGACCCCUGCCCCAAUGUGGUAGAUUGCUUCAUCUCUCGGCCCACGGAGAAGAAGAUCUUUUCCUACUUCAUGGUGGCCACGGCUGUUAUCUGCAUCCUGCUCAAUCUGGGGGAGGUGUCCUACCUGAUCUGCAAGAGAUGCCAGGAGCUCCUAGGUCCACAGAACUCUAAGCAUCGGCAGCAUCGGAGGCGUGGCCACCAUGGCCCCUUGGGGUCUUUGCAGGAUGCCUGCCCCCCUUAUGCUCCCUCCCAGGCUUUGCAACAAGGUGACUCCACCAGGGAUGUCACAUUGCCCUGUUGAAGUCUCUUAUUUCAAGCAAGGACGGAAAGACAGGACAGUCAUAGAAAAACCCUGCUUCUGGAGUUAGAAGAACUGAGUUCUUCUAUGCCUUAGUGACUUUGGGCAAGUCCCACCUCUAGUCCUAAAUCUUAUCAUCUGUAUAAUGAGAAGGUCGGACUAGAUUAUGUCUAAGGUUCCUUCCAUCUCCAAAUCUAUGGUCCUAUGACUCGAUAUUGACAGAUUUAUAAACAUCAUGGCGGGCAGGGAUGGAUGGAGGGAUGAACCACUUUCUCUCCAAUCAGCUCAGUCAAAGUCCCCUCACCUGAGGAAAUGUGAUUUUAAGUGAGCAGCAGACCCUUAGGAGGAGUAGAUAGGGUAAAGACAAACUUGCCACCAGCAACAGAGCCUGUCCCUGGAAGGGUACAGGGCCAAAUAAGCAAAAAGUUCAGCUUCUGUGUCUCCUUCCCCUUAGGAACUCUCCCUCCCAUAAGCCCCAUUAGAGGAGCUAGUGUAGGGUGGUGGGGUCACCAUGAAGAGAUGAAGGCUUUCUCAGGGACUGGAUUGGGACCUCACAUGUAUACAUACCUACAAAAGGAAAGAAUUCUGAAUUAAAGCAUUUUAUAAGUACUUGGCAAACAGCUCUGGCCUUGGAAAGCAAGUCAAUAAUAUUUAAAGUAAUUCACCCCUACUCUCUAGGGAGUAAAAGUCCUGGGGAUGUGGGAUAGAGGGAAGGAGAGAUGACAAGAUGGGGAUAACUUCCUACAAUUAAAGAUGUCCACUUCUGGAAAGGGCUGCCUUGAGAAGCAAUGGGUUCUCCCACAAUCACACACUGGCUAUCUUCAAGCAGAGACUGGAUUGGGAACCAGUUGCUGGGAAAGGGGCUCCUAUGCAGGGUCAUUUUGGAUAAGACUGCCUUUGAGGUCCUUCCAGCUGUGAGCUUCUAGGGGAGAAAUGAUGUCCCUUUUCUACUCUAGUUUUGGAAAGAGUCUGAAUGAUGUCAUCGCCCUGAGAUGAUCAAGUCAAGACUCCCCUUUGGGCCAAGGUGUACCCCUCAGGCCAGCAAAGGACAGAGAAGGUUGAGGAUAUCCCAUCAGCUAGGGGACAGGUCCCAAAUGGCUUCCAAGGCUUUGGCCCAAGAUAGAGUUUAAAGAGGAGAAAAUCUGGGAAAGACAGGCAGACAGACACCCACACCCACAAUCCCUUCCCUCUGCCCAGCUCACUACCCAUUACAGACUGGGGCUUGCCUCACUGCAGAUGACUCAGCCUUGGGUAUGGAAAGGGGCACUUAGGGAGAGACAGAAGAGCUGGAAGGAGAGGGGAGGGGAGGGUGAGAAGCAGGGGAACCACUGCUUCCCUCUAGUUUAUUAUUUGUUUGUUUUCUUCAGCAGAGGUGGGGUAUGAAGGGAGAUGACAGAGAAAGAGGAGUAAGGAUAGAGUUCUCAAAAGAAAAAAUGAGAACAGAAGGAAUCUCAACCAAACAGAACAGCUUUGAAAGUUACAUAUUGGAUUUACUAUACAAUUUAAAAGAAAAGCGAGCUCUACAUAAUAGAAGUGAGCUUUUUAUGUGUAGUCUUUCCUUCCGUUCUACAAUGUAUGU